UCUAGUGAAUGCAUUUGCCAGAGAGGGAUUAUGUGAGAAAGCUGAAGAAAUAUUUGAGCAGAUGCAAGAAGCUGGACUUGAACCUAACGUUUAUGCUUAUAAUGCCCUCAUGGAAGCUUACAGUCGUGCAGGUUUUCCUUAUGGGGCAGCAAAAAUAUUUUCACUAAUGCAGCAUAUGGGAUGUGAACCAGAUAGAGCCUCAUAUAAUAUCUUAGUAGAUGCAUAUGGGAAAGCAGGUUUUCAAGAUGAUGCUGAAGCUGUUUUUGAAGAUAUGAAAAGAGUUGGAAUAACACCAACAAUGAAAUCUCACAUGGUACUUUUAUCUGCUUAUUCCAAAAUGGGAAAUGUGAGUAAAUGUGAAGACAUUCUUAACCAAAUAUAGAUAGAUGUCUAGUUCCUAAUUGAACAU